AUGAAUUCUUCAAUUCAAACUGAAAUAGGAAGGUACACAGACAUAAAUCACAUUUUUGAGACUGUUCAAAAGCGAGGCUAUCUAACUUAAUUAGUAACAUUUUUUGAAGAGGUCUUCACAAAUGAAAUAAACUUUGCAUCUCAAAGUAAUAUAAUUUUUGCAUUUUUCUAAAAGGACUAAAAGAAGUGAUUAGUGCGAUGUAAAAGCAGGGAUAAAAAGUAGAAUACUCAAUAUAAUUAAAUCGAAAUAUUCAAAUAUUUAAGAGUAAUUUCGAUUUAAUUUUAACUGCUACAUCAAACAACGUUUGGAAUCAAAUAGUUAAUUCAAUGAAUUUGAUAUAAGAUGAAACACUUUAACUCAAUAAUAAUAAAUCAGAAAUCAUAUCUCCAGUAUCAAGAAAAAUUGACAGAUAGUCAGAACCAGAUCUUAAAAAAAUGACAAUGAGUUAAUCAUAUGUCAGUAGAUCCCCUAGCAAAAUUUCAACUAUAAAAUAAUAAUAAACUAUUCCUUUGAGUGAAAUGUCAAUCCAAAUGAGAGGAUCACCAACUACAUUCAAUAAAGCUAAAAGAUAAUUAGAUAAUAGUUUAACAACAAGUUCUCCUGGUGUAGGAAGAUAUAGAACUGAAGUAGCUGAAAAACGUAUUAAUCUAACUCAAAAUUCUAGAUAUAAGAGAAACUUCACCAAAUGCAACUAUUGGAAAAUCAGCUAAAAUUAGUUGGAUUGAUGAAAAACUGUAAAAAGAAGAUGCUCAUUCUCCAGGACCUAUUUAUAAUCCAGUCAAAACAUUUUGUUCUAAACGUGUUAAAUGAAUGAUCCAUUAUCAUACAUCAUAAUAUUAAUCAACUCAUCC